AAGGUGUGUGCCAGUGUAUGCCUUUUCCCGAGCCAUUUGGAUGAUGCUGCCACAGGAGAUAUUUUUGCAUUACAAAGACGCAGUUCUAAAAAUGCAGAGCAGGUAGUUAAUAACUAAGAGCCUGGGGGAUGGAAAGGAGGAGAGAGGCAGGAGCAUCAUCAGCCAGCUGGGGGCUGACCUGAUUCCCUAGAAUCCCCAGCCCUCUUCCUCUUUCCUCCCAACAUCCUUCCUUCCCUUUUUCUCGUCCCCCACACCCCCCUUUUCCCUUUCCCAGAUAAGCAGCUCCGGGAAACAAAGAGCUGGGCUCUCCAGACCUCAGCGCUGGAACCUAGGGCUCUCUGAGAAGCAUCUCAUUUCGGGGACCAGGGCUCUCGAGCUCUGUGUCCCCUCCCCAACCUCCCCCCGCCUCCCUAGCUUGCUCGCUGCUCCCUCCCUGCUCGCUGCCUCCCCCACCAUAGCAGCGCUGGGAGGAAGGCGGCCAGGGCUCAAGAUGGCUUUAGCCGGGCUCUGCGCCCUGUUCGCCUGCUGCUGGGGGCCCGCUGCGGUGCUGGCCACAGCUGCCGGCGACGUGGAUCCAUCCAAGGAGCUGGAGUGCAAGCUCAAGAGCAUCACGGUGUCGGCGCUGCCCUUCCUGCGCGAGAACGACCUGAGCAUCAUGCACAGUCCCUCGGCCUCCGAACCCAAGCUCCUCUUCUCUGUGCGCAAUGACUUCCCGGGAGAAAUGGUCGUGGUGGACGACCUAGAGAACACGGAGCUACCCUACUUCGUGCUGGAGAUCUCAGGGAACACGGAAGACAUCCCUCUGGUGCGCUGGAGGCAGCAAUGGCUGGAGAACGGUACUUUGCUUUUUCACAUCCAUCACCAAGAUGGCGCUCCAAGUCUCCCUGGGCAAGACCCAACUGAAGAACCCCAACAUGAGUCAGCAGAAGAGGAACUGAGGAUCCUCCACAUCUCAGUCAUGGGUGGCAUGAUUGCUCUGUUGCUAUCCAUCUUGUGCCUGGUGAUGAUCCUGUACACUCGCAGGCGCUGGUGCAAACGUCGCCGGGUCCCCCAACCCCAGAAGAGUGCCAGUGCAGAGGCAGCCAAUGAGAUUCACUAUAUUCCAUCUGUGCUGAUUGGCGGCCAUGGGCGAGAAAGCUUGCGCAAUGCCCGUGUGCAGGGCCACAACUCCAGUGGCACCCUGAGCAUCCGGGAGACGCCCAUCCUGGAUGGCUAUGAGUAUGACAUCACAGACCUACGUCACCACCUGCAGAGAGAGUGUAUGAAUGGAGGGGAGGACUUUGCCAGUCAGGUCACCCGCACCUUGGACUCCCUACAGGGCUGCAAUGAGAAGUCUGGGAUGGACCUCACACCAGGAAGUGACAAUGCCAAGCUGUCCCUGAUGAACAAGUAUAAAGAUAAUAUCAUAGCCACGAGCCCCGUGGAUUCCAACCACCAGCAAGCCACUCUGCUCUCCCACACCUCCAGUAGCCAGAGAAAGAGGAUCAGCAACAAAGCAAGAGCUGGUUCCGCCUUCUUGAACCCUGAAGGGGACUCUGGCACUGAGGCAGAAAAUGACCCACAGCUGACCUUUUACACUGACCCCUCUCGGAGCCGGAGGCGCAGUCGAGUGGGCUCGCCCCGAAGUCCUGUGAAUAAGACCACCUUGACCCUGAUCAGCAUCACCAGCUGCGUGAUUGGCCUCGUGUGCUCCUCUCAUGUCAGCUGCCCUCUCGUCGUCAAAAUCACCCUACACGUCCCUGAGCACCUGAUCGCUGAUGGUAGCCGCUUCAUCCUUUUGGAGGGGAGCCAGCUGGAUGCCAGUGACUGGCUGAACCCUGCCCAAGUGAUUCUCUUCUCUCAGCAGAACUCCAGUGGGCCCUGGGCCAUGGACCUCUGUGCCCGGCGGCUCCUGGACCCUUGUGAACACCAAUGUGACCCCGAAACUGGUAGGCAGGAGCACCGGGAAGCGGGGGAAUGUCUGUGCUACGAAGGCUACAUGAAGGAUCCUGUCCACAAGCACCUUUGCAUUCGGAAUGAAUGGGGAACAAACCAGGGGCCUUGGCCUUACACAAUAUUUCAACGAGGCUUUGACCUGGUUUUGGGAGAGCAGCCCUCUGAUAAAAUAUUCAGAUUUACCUACACUCUCGGAGAAGGCAUGUGGUUGCCCCUCAGCAAGAGCUUUGUGAUUCCACCAGCUGAACUGGCAAUCAAUCCGUCCGCAAAGUGUAAGACCGACAUGACUGUGAUGGAAGAUGCUGUGGAGGUCAGAGAGGAGCUGAUGACAUCAUCAUCCUUUGACAGCCUGGAAGUCCUCUUAGACUCCUUUGGGCCAGUGCGUGACUGCAGCAAAGAUAACGGAGGCUGCAGUAAGAAUUUCCGCUGCAUUUCAGACCGCAAGUUGGACUCUACUGGUUGCGUGUGCCCUUCGGGACUCAGCCCUAUGAAGGACAGCUCAGGCUGCUAUGACCGCCACAUUGGAGUGGACUGUUCAGAUGGUUUCAACGGCGGCUGCGAACAGCUGUGUCUCCAGCAGAUGGCGCCUUUUCCAGAUGACCCCACCUUGUACAACAUCCUCAUGUUUUGCGGGUGUAUUGAAGACUACAAGCUUGGGGUGGAUGGACGGUCUUGUCAACUUGUCACAGAGACCUGCCCAGAGGGAGGUGACUGUGCAGAAAGCAGAGAGGUCCCUAUGAACCAGACUCUCUUUGGGGAAAUGUUCUUUGGUUACAACAACCAGUCCAAAGAAGUAGCUGCUGGGCAGGUGCUAAAAGGAACAUUCAGACAAAACAACUUUGCUCGUGGUUUAGACCAGCAACUGCCAGAUGGUCUUGUGGUUGCCACUGUCCCACUGGAGAAUCAGUGUCUAGAGGAAAUCUCAGAGCCCACCCCUGACCCUGACUUCCUGACUGGGAUGGUGAACUUCAGUGAAGUGUCUGGAUACCCCGUGCUGCAGCACUGGAAGGUUCGGUCUGUGAUGUUCCACAUCAAACUCAACCAAGCAGCUGUCUCUCAGGCCUUCAGCAAUGCUCUCCACUCCUUGGACGGAGCUACAUCUCGGGCAGAUUUUGUGGCCUUGUUGGAUCAGUUUGGUAACCAUUACAUCCAGGAAGCUAUCUAUGGCUUUGAGGAAUCCUGCUCUAUAUGGUACCCAAACAAACAAGUCCAGCGGCGGCUCUGGCUGGAAUAUGAAGACAUCAGUAAAGGCAACUCCCCAUCUGAUGAGUCGGAGGAGCGGGAAAGAGAUCCCAAGGUGCUGACAUUCCCAGAAUACAUCGCUAGCCUGUCAGACUCUGGCACCAAGCGUAUGGCAGCUGGAGUCCGAAUGGAGUGCCAGAGCAAGGGACGAUGUCCCUCAUCUUGUCCUUUGUGUCACGUGACGUCCAGCCCUGAAACCCCUGCUGAGCCAGUUCUGCUUGAAGUGACCAGAGCAUCCCCCAUCUAUGAACUGGUGACCAAUAAUCAGACCCAGAGGCUCUUACAGGAAGCCACCAUGAGCUCUCUCUGGUGUUCGGGGACUGGAGAUGUCAUCGAGGACUGGUGUCGAUGUGACUCUACUGCUUUUGGAGCUGACGGACUCCCUACCUGUGCGCCCCUCCCACAGCCUGUGCUGAGACUUUCCACAGUACAUGAACCCAGCAGCACCCUUGUGGUCCUGGAGUGGGAGCAUUCAGAACCACCAAUUGGAGUGCAGAUUGUAGAUUACCUGAUCCGUCAAGAGAAAGUCACUGACCGGAUGGACCACUCCAAAGUCGAGACAGAAACAGUGCUGAGCUUUGUAGACGACAUCAUCUCUGGAGCAAAGGCUCCAUGUGCCAUGCCGUCUCAGGUGCCAGACAAGCAGCUCACCACCAUUUCUCUCAUCAUCCGAUGCCUGGAACCUGACACCAUUUACAUGUUCACCCUCUGGGGAGUCGACAACACAGGGCGACGCUCCAGGCCAAGUGAUGUGAUCGUGAAGACCCCGUGUCCUGUGGUGGAUGAUGGCAAAGCCCAAGAAAUAGCAGACAAGAUCUACAACCUCUUCAAUGGCUACACCAGUGGAAAGGAGCAGCAGACUGCCUACAACACCCUUCUGGAUCUGGGUUCCCCCACUUUGCAUCGAGUCCUCUACCACUAUAACCAGCACUAUGAGAGUUUCGGGGAGUUCACCUGGCGGUGUGAGGAUGAAUUAGGACCCAGGAAAGCAGGUCUCAUCCUUUCCCAGCUUGGAGAUCUGAGCAGCUGGUGCAAUGGACUACUUCAGGAGCCCAAAAUAAGCUUGAGGCGUGGUGCCCUCAAGUACCUGGGCUGCCGCUACAGUGAGAUCAAGCCCUAUGGACUGGACUGGUCAGAGCUCAGUCGGGACCUCAGGAAGACGUGUGAGGAACAGACCUUGAGUGUCCCCUACAAUGACUAUGGGGACAGCAAAGACAUCUAACACCAUGGGGCAAGGGAGUAGCUGCCAAAAUAAAACAGGAGAGAAGAGGGGAACAACUGGGUUGGUUUGUGGAUUUUUAGACAUUUUUUUAAUGGGACAUCCAAAGCUCCACAGGUACCUUCUAAACCAGGAAGAAAGUGACCCUUGCUCCCUGCAGGCCUUGUCCAGUGUCAUAAUCUCCAUCUGCAUGAUCAGUCAGCCUGACAGCCAGUAGCCUCAUGCAGCACCGUUUUGUUUCCUUAGAAGAUUACCUUGAAACUCACUCUGGUAUUCAUUUGCUUCAUUCACUUUUUUUCCUUCAAGAAAUUCACCAGGAUGCUCAAGAGCUCUAACCUGCUUCCUACGAAAGGUCAAAGGUGGAGGUGCUCCUGUUAAUGGGUUCCCACUGGCACCUCGGUACAGAAAUGAACACGCAAAUCUUCACCUGCCUUAUGCCCCCGCUCCGGCAUUUCUUAGGAAGCAGUGGGAUGCUGGGAGUCAAGGCAUGUGCUGAAGAAGAUGAAGAGAUGGCCCAGGUCUGUUUCCCACGGGUUUUCACCCAGACUCCUUUGUUGCUAUUUCCACACCUCACGGGUGAACCCAGGUUCCGUUAUGGGUCCAGUGGGUCUUAUAGAGUUUUAGGUCUUCCCUCCUCCAUGUUAAGCCAGGACUAGAAUUUAUGGUAGAUUUCCGUCCUUUCUUCUAAACAAAAUGAUCUUUGAGAGGCAGUGAGGUAUCACCUGUAAAAUAUAGCUCCAGAGAGGGCUACCUGCAAGACUACUUAGCAGACCCUGCUGCAGGGAAUAAGAGGAGUUUGUUUUAAAAUAUUCAUGCACUCCCAGACAACCAACAGAGAUCUAAGAACCUUGAUUCUGUUUAGUCCUGGGUCCCUUACUCUGGACAGAAAGGACUUGGUUUGAUGUUUGAUCUAAUCAACAAAUGAGACUCUUUCUUGUCAGUGUUUCAGUGAACUAAGGCUAUUAUCAAUCUGAAAGGCACUUCUCUCCCUGUACAAAUUUUCUUAAUUAUAUUGUAAAUUUUGACAGUCCUUUCUCUGAGGUCAGUCAUCAGGAUUCUGCCAUUGUCACCACCUGCCCACCCAGCUCUGCCAGCUAGUAGGAGUAGCAGAGGCUCUGGAUAGACCAGAACAACCAGCGAUCACAUGUAAGGACUGAGGCUCCAUUUGCACUCAGUGCCCAAGAAUGGCAUGGUGACCCAGCUAACCAGAAGGCUAGCCUUUCAGAAACAACAUCAUGGGGCCAGGUUGACUAGUGAUGACCCAAUGUGCAUUCAGCCAGCGUGCCUUGACUGGCACUCUUCAUAUGGAAACACAUGACACAGGUCUGGAAGGCUCUAUAGCACAGUCACUGAGCCUUAUUCAUGUUUCCCAAUUGAUUAUUUGCUGUGUGAUGGGCACUACUGUAAACACUUAAACAUUCUCAACCCCCUGAAGAAAGUUCUAUUCUUAUCUAACUUUUAGUGAUGAGCAAACAAAGGCAGGGAGGUGACUCAAUGUUCCCCAGGUCCCUCAUAUACUAUAUGCCCUGAGCUACAGGAUGAGCUCAAUGUCUCCAGAAUACAGGACUUUACCCACUCUGUGUUGCCUAAAGCAAGCACUAAGCUCCACAGAGAAACUGUCCAGAGCUUCACCUUCCUAAGGAACCAUGUACAGAAUGCCCACCAUGCAAUGGAAAGGGAAAGAACCAAAGUACACCCAUAGCCUUUGGAAUAAGGGCACAUUUGGUACCCUCAGUACUGCAGCACACCGGCUUCCCCAGGGAUGAGUGGGGAGAACAUUGAAGUGCAGGCUGGUCUUAUUCCUCCUUUGCUUCUUUCCAGAGAAAUAUUGGAAGGCUUAUCUUGCACAUUUUGCCUCACAGAUUCCCUAAUUUUCAGAACAAAACACAGCUGAAAACUUGACUGUCUCCCUAUGGCUAGUGUAGGGGCUUAAGUGAACGGGCAUCCAAGGGCAGGCUGUUCACCACUGCCAGAUAAGGGAAUGCUAUGGGCCAGUACGACAGGGUGUGUACAUCUCCUUACUGCUGUUUUAUUUUCUUUCCCUCCUUCUAUUCAACUCUAUGAAGAAAAUGGUGUUUUGAUUUUGAGCAGAAGGAUAUUGAGACUGCCAAUGUCUUUCAGCCCUGUUGGAGAUAGGAGAUCAUAGGCUCAGGAGGGAAGACAAGGGGUGGUGUUAGGAUCACUACUCUGUUACCUCCUUUUCUGUUUUAUGCCAGGCACACUCUCCUCCUCUCUUCUAUCCUUAUGCCCUGCUCUCCAAAGUCCUUCCACCUCCUACAUAUCUCCUUUGUCAUCCAUCUUUUUCUCCCCCCUCACUUACCCUUGAUUGCCUUAUUCUUUCAGUAUGCUCUUGUGUUCUCCACUCUUCAGAUGUGUGUCCAUGUAUGCACACCCUCACUACAUACACAACUCCUAUGACUGCUGCAAUGUCAUUUGGAGUUUAAAAGUCCAACAUGCAUGGGCUGGGGGUAGUCUUGAGAUGGUUGUACACGUGACUGGAAGACUUUUACCCUCAGAGAGAGAAGGAUCACACCCUGCCAAUGAUUCUCAGUUCUUGGCUGGAGGAACUGUCUAGAAAGGCUAAUGCGAUUGAGCCAGUAUUAAACCUCAUUUCCAAGCUGCCAAACAGGUCUUAAGGGAGCCACUUCUGUCCACCUAAACACCUCCAGUUCUGUGUCAAACUGAGACCUCUAAUGUUUCCUCUUGAACAUACACAAACCACUGUAUAGCAUCAGAUCCUUAACUGAGUGUGCAAUUGUUUCUCUUGAAGUUUGGUCCAUUUGCUAUUUUUAAUUAAUUGCACUCCUUGAUAUUCAAAUGUUCUAUUAAAAAAAUUAAGUGUGAAAAACACUCCACUACUGUAGAAGGAAGAGAUGGUAUAAUGUGACCAACUUCAACUAUAACAGUGUUGUUUAAGAGAAUUAUUGUACGAUUAUGAGAAAUGAAGUAAUCGAGUAAAUAAUAAACAAAGCUGUCAGUGAGUGUCAA